GCUGAGACCAUAUGUAAUUCCUAUUCUAUAUUCUGUUGGCAAAGAUGGACGGCUUCUGGAGCGUGCUUGGCAAAUGGAGUUUUAUCAGGCCGCUACUCAAGUCCUACCUCCUGACAUAUUCAUUUCUGCUGAUGUUGGGGGUCAAAUGGAUAUGUGGAUUUCUUUGUGGAUGAUGGCCGGAGUUGGGCAAUCGAAUUACUACGGGAUGGUGCAGAUGCGUCUGGCCACAAGGGUCACUUUGAACCAGACACCAAAAUAUAGUGGUGAUUAUCAUUGGAUAAACGUAUAUUGUCAGGAGGAUUGGAAGUCUGUUAUAAUAAAAGAUAAGGAUGAGAGAGUUGAG